AUGGCGACCAAGAAGCCCAACAUCCUGUACAUUAUGGCCGACCAGAUGGCCGCGCCCUUGCUGUCUCUACAUGAUAAGAAUUCGCCUAUCAAGACCCCCAAUCUGGACCGCCUGGCCGAUGCCGGCGUGGUGUUCGAUUCGGCUUACUGCAAUUCGCCACUGUGUGCUCCUUCGCGCUUUGUUAUGGUCAGCGGCCAGCUGCCCUCGAAGAUUGGAGCCUAUGACAAUGCCGCAGAUCUAUCCGCUGAUACGCCCACAUAUGCCCACUACCUCCGGCGGGAAGGUUACCAUACAGCUCUGGCUGGAAAGAUGCACUUCUGUGGCCCGGACCAGCUUCACGGUUAUGAACAGCGUCUGACCAGUGAUAUCUACCCUGGUGAUUACGGCUGGUCCGUUAAUUGGGAUGAACCGGACAUCCGUGCCGAUUGGUAUCACAACAUGUCUUCUGUCAUGGACGCAGGCCCUGUUGUACGAACCAACCAGUUGGAUUUCGAUGAAGAGGUCAUUUACAAGUCCACUCAGUACCUGUAUGACCACGUUCGUCAGCGUAACGAGCAGCCAUUCUGCUUGACAGUCUCCAUGACCCACCCUCAUGAUCCUUAUGCCAUGACCAAGGAGUUCUGGGAUCUCUACAAUGACGUCGAGAUCCCUCUUCCCAAGAAUGGAGCGAUCCCCCAUGAUCAGCAGGAUGCGCACUCCCAGCGUGUGCUCAAGUGCAUCGAUUUGUUCAACAAGGAAAUGCCCGACGAGCGAAUCCGUGCUGCUCGUCGCUCCUAUUACGCUGCCUGUACAUACGUUGACACUAAUAUCGGCAAACUGCUGCGUGUUCUCGAGAAUACCGGUCUGGCCGACGACACUAUCAUCGUCUUCACCGGUGAUCAUGGUGACAUGCUUGGCGAGCGAGGCCUGUGGUACAAGAUGACCUGGUUCGAGAACUCCGCUCGCGUUCCUUUCCUCGUUCACUCGCCCAAGCAUUUCACCCCGAAACGCGUGUCCGAGAAUGUCUCCACUAUGGAUCUUCUCCCUACAUUCGCCGAAUUGGCAGGCGCCAAGCUUAUUCCCGAGCUCCCUCUCGAUGGUGUCUCCCUCAUGCCGUAUCUGACUGGAGGCGAAGGUCUGCGCACCGAUACUGUAUAUGGAGAGUAUAUGGGUGAAGGCACCCAGGCUCCUCUCAUGAUGAUCCGCCGUGGCCGCUGGAAGUUCAUCUACUCCACUAUCGACCCACCCAUGCUGUACGAUCUCGUGAAUGACCCAGAGGAGAGAGUCAACCUAGCAGCCGGUCUACCUAGUCCAUCUAGCUCCACCCGCGCAGCCCUCACAGGCAAGCCCACCAGCUUGGCAUCCGCGGUCAACUUGCCAACUCCAAAUGAUACCCCCCGCGCCUCGCCUACACCUCAGCGCACCACCACGGCAGACUACCCCUUCCUCUCGGAUACCCCUCCUCGCACCCCCAGCCCAGCCAAGCUUCCACCUGCGCUGCCCAACAUCACCGAUCCGGUCAAGAUCUUGGCAUUUUUCCUCGAGGAAACCAACGCUCGUUGGGAUAUGGAGAAGAUUCACCAGGAUGUACUGCGCUCGCAGCGCCGUCGCCGCCUCGUCUACUCCGCCUUGAUCCAGGGUACCCCCUCCGUCUGGGACUACGAGCCGCGCAUUGACCCAAGCACCCAAUACGUGCGCAACCAGGGCAAGGGCGCUCUCGACGACGUCGAACUCAUCUCCCGCUGGCCCCGUGUGCUCCAACAAGCUGCCACUGCCAAGGGGAUGUCCCCAUAG